UUCUUCCUUCUCAGAUUCUCUGUAGAAAAUCAAUGAAUCCAUCUCCUCCCCCUAUCUAAGCUCCCUCUUCUUCUCUUCUAACGUUUGCUCUGUUUCAUAAGCUUCCAGAAGCAUCAAUGGCGGAGUUCAUCUGUUUAUACGGAAAGGACAGUGCAUCUAUUGUAAUAAAGCAACCAAAGAGAUCACCUUUGUUCCUAAGAAUGAUAGUUUUGGUGUUUGCAAUGGUCUGUGGUCUCUACAUUUCCUCCGUCUGCUUAAAACAGUUCAGUUUCCAAACCUCACAACUUGUCCCAACUCCUAUCACUACUCGGAUUCAUUACCCAAAGCCACAGACUUUCAAUAGAUCUGAAUGUGGGCACAAUCCGGUGAGGUUCUUUGCGAUACUCUCAAUGCAGAGAUCAGGAAGCGGCUGGUUCGAAACGUUGUUAAACAGUCACGACAACGUGAGUUCCAACGGAGAGAUCUUCUCGGUCUUGGACCGAAGAAGGAACGUUUCUUCAAUCGUUAAGACUCUUGAUAGAGUUUAUAACCUCGAUUGGUUUACGAGCGCUUCGAAGAACGAAUGCUCUGCUGCGAUUGGGUUCAAAUGGAUGCUUAACCAGGGUUUGAUUGAUAACCACCAAGAGAUUGUUGAUUACUUUAACCGGAGAGGUGUCUCGGCUAUUUUUUUGUUCAGGAGGAAUCCUCUGAGGAGAAUGGUUUCUGUGUUGGCUAAUUCUUAUGAUCGCUACGCUAAGCUUUUGAAUGGAACACACAAGUCUCAUGUUCAUUCUCCUGAAGAGGCAGAUGCACUUUCUAGGUACAAGCCUGUUAUCAACUCAUCAUCGUUGAUUCAUGAUUUGCAAGAAACAGAGAGUUUAGCUGCAAAGGCAUUGGAAUAUUUCAACACUACUCGUCAUAUGGUUGUCUUCUAUGAAGAUCUCAUAACAAAACGGACGAGACUGGAACAAGUUCAAGAGUUUUUGAACAUUCCUGUGAAGAAUUUGUCGAGCAGACAGGUGAAGAUACACAGAGGGGAUUUGUCAGAUCACAUCAAGAACUGGGAAGAUAUAAAUAAGACAUUGAAUGGGACUGAGUAUGAGAAGUUUCUAGGAGCAGAUUACUAGUGUUUUAAAAAAAUAAUUAAUUAUGCCAUGACUCUUUCUUCUACGUUUAAUUAAAGGUUUUGCAAAAUGCAAAAUAGGGUCUUUCUUGUUUUGAAACUUCUAUAUUAGCAACUGGCUGUAUAGGGGACUGGAAGAUGUAUUUGCUUUUGGAGUUAAUUGCUCCCUUUUAGAGAUCAACCAAGUUGCCCUUAGUAAGACACUUAUUUUCAUGGGUGAAA